AUGGAGAGCUCCCGCCUGCGGCUGCUGCCCCUCCUGGGCGCCGCCCUGCUGUUACUGCUACCUUUGCUGGGUGCCCGUGCCCAGGAGGAUGCCGAGCUGCAGCCCCGAGCCCUGGACAUCUACUCUGCCGUGGAGGAUGCGUCCCACGAGAAAGAGCUGCCAAGGCGGCAACUUCGGGCUCCCGGCGCUGUGUUGCAGAUUGAAGCGCUGCAGGAAGUCCUGAAGAAGCUCAAGAGUAAACGCAUUCCGAUCUAUGAGAAGAAGUACGGCCAGGUCCCCAUGUGUGAUGCUGGAGAGCAGUGCGCAGUGCGGAAAGGCGCCCGGAUCGGGAAGCUGUGCGACUGUCCCCGAGGAACUUCCUGCAAUUCCUUCCUCUUGAAGUGCUUAUGAAGGGGCAACAGCCUCCA